CCGGGGCUUUACGCGCUUAUAAACCGCUGUCCAUCCUCGUGUGCGCCAUUAUCUCUUACAUCGACCCCAUAACAGUCGAAUUGUAAGACAUCUCUUCCAGGAGCUUCAGUGACUUUGGUCCGAUCUAAAGAAUCAGAAUGCGUGAGUGUAUCUCCAUCCACGUGGGCCAGGCCGGAGUGCAGAUCGGGAAUGCCUGCUGGGAGCUGUACUGUCUGGAGCAUGGGAUCCAGCCGGAUGGACAGAUGCCCAGUGACAAAACCAUAGGAGGGGGAGACGAUUCCUUCAACACCUUCUUCAGCGAGACUGGGGCUGGCAAACAUGUGCCUAGAGCAGUGUUUGUGGACCUAGAGCCCACUGUCAUUGACGAGGUGCGCACUGGCACAUACAGGCAGCUGUUCCACCCAGAGCAGCUGAUCACCGGGAAGGAGGAUGCUGCCAACAACUACGCUCGCGGUCACUACACCAUUGGCAAGGAGAUCAUCGACCUGGUGCUGGACAGGAUCCGUAAACUGGCUGACCAGUGCACAGGGCUGCAGGGUUUCCUGGUGUUCCACAGCUUUGGAGGGGGCACCGGCUCUGGCUUCACCUCUCUGCUUAUGGAGCGUCUCUCCGUCGAUUAUGGCAAGAAGUCCAAACUGGAGUUCUCCAUCUACCCCGCCCCUCAGGUCUCCACUGCUGUGGUGGAGCCCUACAACUCCAUCCUGACCACCCACACCACCCUGGAGCACUCCGACUGCGCCUUCAUGGUGGACAACGAAGCCAUCUAUGACAUCUGCCGCAGGAAUCUGGACAUCGAACGUCCUACUUACACUAAUCUGAAUAGGCUUAUUGGCCAAAUUGUGUCCUCCAUCACAGCCUCUCUGCGCUUCGAUGGAGCCCUCAACGUGGAUCUGACAGAGUUCCAGACCAACUUGGUGCCCUACCCUCGUAUCCACUUCCCUCUGGCCACCUAUGCCCCAGUCAUCUCUGCUGAGAAGGCCUACCAUGAGCAGCUCUCUGUGGCUGAGAUCACAAAUGCCUGCUUCGAACCAGCCAAUCAGAUGGUGAAAUGUGAUCCUCGUCAUGGUAAAUACAUGGCCUGCUGUCUUCUGUAUCGUGGUGAUGUUGUGCCCAAAGAUGUGAACGCCGCCAUCGCCACCAUCAAGACCAAGCGCACCAUCCAGUUUGUGGACUGGUGUCCUACUGGAUUCAAGGUGGGCAUCAACUAUCAGCCGCCCACUGUGGUCCCUGGAGGAGACCUGGCCAAGGUGCAGAGGGCCGUGUGCAUGCUGAGUAACACCACUGCUAUCGCAGAAGCCUGGGCACGUCUCGACCAUAAGUUUGACCUGAUGUACGCCAAGAGAGCCUUUGUGCACUGGUACGUGGGAGAGGGCAUGGAGGAGGGAGAGUUCUCUGAGGCCAGAGAGGACAUGGCUGCUCUGGAGAAGGAUUAUGAAGAAGUGGGGGUCGACUCCAUUGAGGGAGAAGGAGAGGAGGAGGGAGAGGAGUACUAAAGGGAUGAAGAAGUGCAAAAUGACAUUCUUUAAACAUUCCAAGCUUAAAUAUUACUUCAGUGACAUCAGAUUGGUGUUUUGAGGAAUCCACGCUUUAACUAUCACCAAUGUAAUAACUAACCGCACUGCAAAACUGUCAUUUUGUCACUAUUCUAAAUAAAGGUAUAUAACAUCA